AUGCUUGGAGGAAAAAGACUUUUGUCAGUUUUUCUUGCGCUCGCUUUUGGAAAGAAAACUUUUGAGAGCUCAAAAUCACAAAUUCAAGACUUGAAGAAGAAGACAGUGAAAUGGUGUUCCGAGUACAUGCCAGAACGAUUCAGUGGAGAUGAAUUGCACAAGAAGACUUGCUCGAAUCGAUUCAACAAGUUUUACGCAUCUCCUGAAAACUGUAAAGUCACCUCUGAAAACCCGCAACCAAGAGCAAGAAAACGCUACCGAAAGAAUUUCGACCUCGACGACGGUCCAUCCAUUCUCGCGAAAUUUGGUCGAAGAACGAAUCGUUUUAUCAUUCAAGAGAUGGACGGCUGCAAACGGGGACCGAUGUACAAGAAAAUCUUCACGAACGUGAUUGAGCGCUUCCGAAAUAAGCAGAAGAUUAUCCGCCGUCGCCAAGACCGUCUCGCCAAGAAGCAAGAUUGA